AAAAGGACAAUAUAUAUCUCCAUUUCAUGAUAUUCCCAUUUACGCUGCUAAGGAUGUGUUCCACAUGGUCGUGGAGGUACCACGCUGGACUAACGCAAAGAUGGAGGGGUGCCUCUGAUCAUCUGCCUCUCCUCCUGCUCUUGGCGCUCACCCAAACUCAGACUUGGGUUGGAAAAUGCUACUUGCUGUCCACCCGCACCCCUUUGCUCCUGCCGCACCAGAGUCUGUGGUUGCCCUUCUUGCUGUCAUAUUCUCUCUGACUCCGCUGUUGAUUCUUUCGUGGAAUCAGUGGUCUUCCCUCAGUCACCAGCCAGCAGUGAAUUUACUGAAAUGUCUGUUGUGUUUGAUUGCUACAAAGGAUCCUUUAAAUCCAAUUAAACAAGACGUGAAAAAAGGAAAGCUGCGUUUCGUGGCAAAUUUAUUCCCUUAUAAGGGAUAUAUCUGGAACUAUGGGGCCAUCCCACAGACUUGGGAAGACCCAGGACACAACGACAAACACACUGGCUGUUGUGGUGACAAUGACCCCAUUGAUGUGUGUGAAAUUGGAAGCCGGGUAUGUGAUAGAGGCGAAAUCAUCCGGGUGAAAGUUCUCGGCAUAUUGGCGAUGAUCGAUGAAGGGGAGACCGACUGGAAGGUCAUUGCCAUUAACGUGGACGACCCAGAUGCGGCCAAUUUUAACGAUAUCGAUGAUGUCAAGCGGCUGAAGCCUGGCUACCUGGAAGCAACUGUGGACUGGUUUAAAAGGUACAAGGUUCCUGAUGGAAAGCCAGAGAACCAGUUCGCUUUCAAUGCUGAAUUUAAAAAUAAGGACUUUGCGAUUGAUGUUAUUAAGAACACUCAUGACUAUUGGAGAGCUUUAGUCACCAAGAAAACCGAUGGGAAGGGAAUCAGCUGCAUGAACACGACGGUGUCCGAGAGCCCCUUCAAGUGCGACCCCGACGCUGCCAAAGCCAUCGUGGACGCUUUACCACCACCAUGUGAAACUGCCUGCAGAGAACCAACAGAUGUGCAUAAGUGGUUCCAUCACCAGAAAAACUAAGAAAAUGUCUUUGAAAUGCAAGCUGAGAUUCCUGAAUCCUGUUCAUCUGGAAGUAUUAGAUACAAAGUAGUUUUCCAGAGCUUAAAAAAUUUGUAGAACUAAUCUAGGUAAAGCAAAUUCUGCUGUGACCAAUCCCAAUAUAUUUGGAAUUUUACCCAUCUAAAAGCAUUUUUCUUAUCUUCAACUAAGGAAACUUUUAUUACAUGCUAAAGUAUCAAAGCGGUUGUAAUUUGAGGUCAGUGGUGAAUAAAUGUGCAAGAUAAGUACCUAUUGGGUGUAUAUGUUUCCCCUGUGUUAGGAAAUAAAAUUACGUUACUGAAA